AUGGAGCUUCUGUGUUUAAUUGUUACCUUAGCUGUGAUUUUGGUUUUAGGGUUUCUGUUUGUUAUCUUCAUUGAAGCAUAUAGAAGAAGAAAUAAUCAUGAGCACAUUGAAGUUCCCGCUAUUUUUGAGGAUCCUAAUUCGUUGAAACAGGUACCUUGCCCACAUGUUGUUGAUCCUGCCUCAAAGUAUAUUUCUUUGAUAAUUCCUGCAUUUAACGAGGAACAUAGACUUCCUGGUGCACUUGAGGAAACUAUGAUUUAUUUGCAACGUCGUGCUUCAAAGGAUCCUUCUUUUUCAUAUGAGGUUAUAAUUAUUGAUGAUGGAAGUGUUGAUGGGACUAAAAGAGUAGCUUUCGAAUUUGUUAGGAAAUACACAGUAGACAAGGUAAGAGUCAUCCUUCUUGGAAGAAAUCACGGCAAGGGAGAGGCAAUUAGAAAAGGAAUGUUGCACUCACGCGGUGAAUUACUUCUCAUGCUUGAUGCCGAUGGAGCAACGAACAUCACUGACCUAGAAAAACUUGAAAAUCAGAUUCGAGCUGUUGCCAAAAAGGAUGGAGAUUCAAGUGGUAGUGAUCCUAGCUUUAGAAUAUCUGAUACCCAUGUUGUUGUAUUUGGUUCACGAGCUCAUCUAGAAGAGAAAGCUUUGGCUACAAGGAAGUGGUACCGCAAUUUUUUAAUGAAGGGGUUCCAUCUCGUGGUUUUAUUGGCGGCUGGUCCUGGAAUUCGUGAUACACAGUGUGGUUUCAAGAUGUUUACUAGGGCUGCAGCUAGGAAACUCUUUUCAAAUGUCCGCUUGAAAAGAUGGUGCUUUGAUGUUGAAUUGGUCUUUUUGUGUAAGUGGUUUCAGAUCCCAAUUUCAGAAAUUUCUGUAAUCUGGUCUGAGAUUCCUGGAUCCAAGGUGAAUCUUCUUAGUAUACCAGACAUGGUUUGGGAGCUUCUGCUAAUGUCCGUAGGGUACAGGAUUGGUAUAUGGAGAAUUUCUAAUUCCACCUAA